AGGCCCUGCCUCUCAGCACAGACACUGGGUGGGGGUCAGUCAGGAGAGCUUUACUCAGAGAACAAGGGAGAGUGUAGCCUCCUGGCCCCACCAGCCAGGGGGCACCCCCCUCAACUGCUCCUCCCACGGCCUUGAGGCUGAUGUGGCUGCCAGGCAUCAUUCCUGGGGUCUGGAGGCCCUGGGCUGCCGCUCCAGCCAUGGGGUGCACAGUGCAGCCUUCCACAGUGUGCUGCACGCUCUCAACGGGGUCCCUGACACCCUGGGUCCCGCCCCAGUGCCUUACGGGUGAUGGUGCAGCAGCGGCUCUGAAUGGCACUCCGAGGCGGUCGGGCAGGCACAGGAGGCGGAAGGGUCACAGCCUGGGAGGACUUGGGGGAGCUUUGGGCUUCGCCCUCCCUGUCCUCCCCACCAUCUGCCCGGAGGUGGAGCCGCAGCCCGCUGAGGAGUGUGCCCAGCACAUCAGGCUGCAGCAUGGCAGCUGGGAGAAGGCCAGUGUGGCCUUGGAACCUGUGGGGCAGGGCAGGGUUUGGUGAGCUCUGGGCCCUGCCCCUGCUAGGCUGGGCCGCCAGAGCCCCACCCCCACACACCUGCACAGCCACCAGCCACGGUCUGAUGUUUCCAGCACACACACACGUGCCCCCGCGGGCACCGACAGCUCGUCAGCUUGGCUGCUCUCGUAGGCACGGGAAGCGUAGAACUGGGACCCUGGGAAUGGCUGCUUGGUGGUCAGUGCAGGCCCACAGAGGCCAGGGCCCCACCUCCUGGUCCCCGCAUCAUGGACUGCUGAAUCACUGCCUCCAGGCUCCCCUCUGGAUUUCUGCUGACACCAGAGGCCACUCUAAAACCCACUGGGGCUCUGGCUUGCUGUGGGGACUACACACUACAGACCCAUUCAUCAUCAUCAUCACCCCCCCAGCCCCCGUCAUCCCAGGACCUCCCUCCCCAGUCUGCGUGCCGCUUGUGGCCCAGCCUUGCCAAGAACAGUGCCCCAUGGUGGCAGGUGUGGGGAGGAGGGUUGGUCUCACCAUUACUCUCUAGGCGCUGUCCCGCGUCUCGUCCCUGGCCCAUGGCCACCUCCUCCAGGUAGGGAGCAGGAAACCAUGCCGUCUGCUGGUCCUUGUUCACCACCAGCCACCAGCCUGUGCCCAAGAUGGGGGUAGGGGGUGUUUUGGUUCUGAGUCCCACUGGGAUCCCAGGGGGCAGAAGGGUGUGUCCCCAGACUCCUGCCCAGCCCCACCUGAGGGGUGUCGCAGCAGCACGUCUAGGGCCUCCUGGGCCUGAGCAUGGAAGGGCUGGCCCCACGUAUCCUGGGUGCUGAAGGGCUGCAGGCAGCGCAGGCUCUGGGCCUCCAGGCUGCGGAUGGCAGGGCUGCCCGUGGGGCCUGGCAGGGGCUCUUGCCAGGCGGGAAGGAUUACCAGGCUGGUAAGGGCCAAGGGCACAGGUGAGGGGUGGGUGGGAAGUGUGGGAGCUGCCUGGUGUCCCACAAGUCCAUCCAGCCUCCGAGCCUCCCCUCCUCAUUGGCCCUUCCUCCACCACGCCUCCGCAUCCUCCAAAUGUUUCUGCUGACAGAGUUGGGAGCGGGUUGGUCACCUGCCAGCUGGCAGCGCAGGCUCCAGGUCCAUAGGUUGCGGUGCAAAGAAGCCAGUGAGUACAGGGCUGUGGGCCACACGCUCCCCUGCCGCCAGCAGCGCCCUUGUGUAGGUCUCCAGCAGCUGUAGGCGUGCCAGGCCUCUGCCCGUGCGGCCCCGGUGCACCAACAAGGAUGCAUCUGUGGGCAGGAGAGGGACAGAAUGUGGGAUCCCCCCCCAAGGGCUCCCCACAUCAGACCGCUGCCUCCCCCACCCCUCCUGGGAUCCCUGCGGCCUAACCUGGAAGCUUGGGGAGAAUGCGGUCAGAUCUCCGCAGCAGGCCUGCCUCCACUGGAAAGGUCUCCUUGAGCGUUUUCUGAGGGCAAGAAGGGGCAUGUCGGUCUCUGAGGGCCCACUGGGUUCCCCUGGGAGGGCAGGGGUCCCUUGCCAGGAUCUUAGGGGCAGCCCAAGUGGGCCCAAGGGCAGCAAUGGGGGGAUGGGCAUGGUCACUGGUGGGUUAUGUGGUUGGAGGCAGUCAGGGUGCCUCCAAGCUCACAUACAUGGAGUCUCCUGAACUCCUCCCAGCUCCUGCGUGCAAAGGUGUCGCUGUCAUCCGACCAGCAGACGGAGAAGGCGAACAUCUGUUAGAUGAAAGGCACAGCCCCGCCCCGCGUUGCCAGGCGCCCAUUGCCAUGGCGCCGGUCGCCAAGGCGGAUCCGUCGGACCCGCGGCUCCAACAGCACGCCUCUGUUUGCUCACGGCCCCGCCCCGCGUUGCCAUGGUGCCAAGCACAAGGAGCUGGGCGCACCCCCAAGGGAGGGCACAGAGCCAAGCCGUGGGCACGGGGGACGGUCAGAGCGCAGCGAUGGGGGCGUCGCGAGCCGCAACACGGGCGUCGCCGAGGCCGCAGCGCGUCUUCCACAACACGCUACUCUUCUACUGGAGGAAGCGGGAGCGCCGCCGCGGACGACGCAAGUCGGCCACGGGCCGUGGAACGAGGCCCAAGGGCGCGGCCAGGACUCGGGCCUCCGGCCCCGCGCGCACCCGGGCCCGGAACUCCGGCGCGUCCUUGGCCCGGACUCCUGCCUCUGGCUCUGCCUCUUCUCGCGCGCGGACCAAGGCCCCCAGCCCCGCCUCCACGCCGGACCCCGCCCCCGAUCCCGCCCCUGGCCCUAGCUCAGGCCCGGCGCCCGCGCCCGCGCCCGCGGCGCGCGCGCCCGGCUCCUGUGGCCGCGCUCUGGCGGCGGCGCGCGCGCUGGCCUGGAGGCCGACUUGGAGGCCCAGCUGGAGGCCGAGCUGGCCCGGCAGGCAUUGCGCGGGCAACAUGGCGGCGCCUGGUGAGCGGAGGCGCUUCGGCGGCGGGAACCUCUUCUUCUUUCUGCCCGGCGGCGCGCGCUCCGAGGUGAUGGACGACCUGGUGACGGACGCGCGCGGCCGGGGCGCGGGGCGAAAAGAUGCCGCCGCUUCGGCCCGGACGCCAUCCCAGGCGCCAGCCUCCGAUUCUCAGGUCGCCGAGGAUGCCUCCCGUAGGCGGCCCUGCCGGGCCUGCGUGGACUUCAAGUCGUGGAUGCGGACGCAGCAGAAGCGGGACAGCAAGUUUAGGGAAGAUUGUCCCCCGGAUCGCGAAGAACUGGGCCGCCACAGCUGGGCUGUCCUCCACACCCUGGCCGCCUACUACCCCGACCUGCCCACCCCAGAACAGCAGCAAGAUAUGGCUCAGUUCAUACAUUUAUUUUCCAAGUUUUACCCGUGUGAGGAGUGUGCUGAAGACAUAAGGAAAAGGAUACACAGGAAUGAGCCAGACACGCGCACUCGGGCAUGCUUCACCCAGUGGCUAUGCCGCCUGCACAACGAGGUAAACCGCAAGCUAGGCAAGCCGGACUUCGACUGCUCGCUGGUGGACGAGCGCUGGCGCGACGGCUGGAAGGACGGCUCCUGUGACUAGAAGACAGCUAGAGCCGGUGGGCGGCCUGGCCAGAGAGGGCGGGGCUCAUUAAAGUGCACGUCGGAGUGGGAGCCAGAGCCUGUCAUGUCUCAGUUGGGUGGCCCCCAGACACUGCCCAUGGAGCCUUUUCCUUCUCAGGUUUGGAGUAGAAGUGGAGGUGCGAUUGCAGGCACCCCAAUGGCCUCCUCCUCAGCCUGGGCCCCAUGGGGCUGCGAGUGAAGGAGGCAGGAGCAGCCUAGGCUGUCCCUUCCUCAGGAUUCAGCCUCCUGCCCACUUGACACCCUGCUGCCUACUUCCCUGCACAGGAAGGUGACAGGCCUGGUUGGGCUCCCCUGUCUCACCCCUCUAGGCCACACUGCUGUCUCCCUACCUUGCAGCUAGCGACAGCUAGGGGUAGUGACAGACUGUAGCCCCAGAGGCUGUGUGCUGUCUGCACUUCAGGAAAGAGGCCUGGGGGCUGAGCUCCUCUGCGCCUCCUGUCCAGCAUGUGACCUUGAAGAGCUGUACCAAGCCUGUCAGAGGCUCCGUGGCGCCUGAGACCAAAAUAAAAUGCUGAAGAAGUGACUAAAGACCUGGCUUCAG